UUCAGUAACGCGGAGCCGCACUUGCAUGCUGACAGUUCUCUCAUAUUGCAACUGCCAGUGGAGGACAAACCACACCCAGUUCUUGACAACAGUCAGCUGCUGUAUUCUGAAAUUUAAAGGUCCAGAUUAACAGACAGCCACCUGGUAGCUGCUGUCAAACAGUAAUUCCCAGAUCACGUCUAAUGCCGAGGUUGAAAGAAUCACGUUCUCACGAGUCUUUGCUCAGUCCUAGUAGUGCUGUGGAGGCAUUGGAUCUCAGUAUGGAGGAAGAAGUCGUGAUUAAAUCUGUUCACAGUAGUAUCCUGGGACAGGAUUAUUGUUUUGAGGUGACAACUUCAACAGGCAGCAAGUGCUUUUCAUGUCGUUCAGUAGCAGAAAGGGAUAAGUGGAUGGAAAAUCUACGCCGUGCAGUACAGCCAAAUAAGGACAACAGCAGACGCGUAGAGAACCUGCUCAAACUAUGGAUUAUCGAAGCCAAGGAUCUGCCAGCCAAGAAAAGAUACUUCUGCGAACUCUGCCUUGAUGAUACGCUGUAUGCACGGACUACCUGCAAGCUGAAAACGGACAAUGUUUUCUGGGGAGAGCACUUUGAGUUCAGUAACCUGCCCGCAGUAAGAAACAUUACAGUGCACUUGUAUAAAGAGACUGAUAAAAAGAAAAAGAAAGAUAAGAAUAACUACGUGGGUCUGGUGAACAUCCCAAUUGCAACUGUGACAGGGCGACAAUUUCUGGAGAAAUGGUACCCUGUGAGCAUGCCCAACCCAAGCAAGGGCAAAUCAGUGGGGCCGAUGAUUAGAAUCAAAGCUCGCUAUCAGAGCAUGAGCAUUCUUCCAAUGGAGCUCUAUAAAGAAUUUGCCGAGUACAUUACAAAUAACUAUAUGCUGUUGUGCUCAGUGUUGGAGCCUGUGUUGAGUGUCAAAAGCAAGGAGGAGAUGGCUUGUGCAUUAGUGCACAUUCUGCAAAGCACUGGGAAGGCUAAGAUGGAUGUCAAACUAAGGCCCCAGCUGCAAUUCCAGGAUUUCUUGGCAGAUUUGAUGAUGUCUGAAGUUGAUCGUUGUGGUGACAACGAACAUCUAAUUUUUCGAGAAAACACCUUAGCAACCAAAGCAAUAGAAGAGUAUCUAAAGUUGGUUGGCCAGAAGUAUCUUCAAGAUGCACUCGGAGAGUUCAUCAAGGCUCUCUAUGAAUCAGAUGAGAAUUGUGAGGUGGAUCCAAACAAAUGCUCAUCAGGAGACCUUGCCGAGCAUCAGAGCAACCUGAAAAUGUGCUGCGAGCUGGCAUUCUGCAAGAUCAUUAACUCAUACUGCGUGUUUCCACGAGAGCUGAAGGAAGUGUUUGCAUCGUGGAGGCAGGAGUGCAGCAACCGUGGACGUCCUGACAUCAGUGAGAGAUUAAUCAGUGCUUCCCUCUUCCUGCGGUUCCUGUGUCCAGCCAUUAUGUCCCCUUCUCUCUUCAAUCUUCUGCAGGAAUACCCAGAUGACCGCACCGCUCGCACUUUGACCUUAAUUGCCAAGGUUACCCAGAACUUAGCCAAUUUUGCAAAGUUUGGUAGCAAGGAAGAAUAUAUGUCUUUCAUGAAUCAAUUCCUUGAACAUGAGUGGACCAACAUGCAGCGAUUCUUACUGGAAAUUUCCAAUCCAGAAACCAUUUCAAAUACAGCAGGAUUUGAGGGUUACAUUGAUCUGGGUCGAGAACUCUCCACCCUACAUUCGCUGCUCUGGGAAGUGGUUUCGCAAAUGGAGCAGGCAACUUCAACAAAGCUUGGCCCCUUGCCUCGCAUUUUAAGAGAUGUCAACACUGUACUGACCAACCCAGGAGCUGUACCUGUGCCAACGACCUCUGACCCAUGCACCUCAACACCAAAUCCCUCCAAUAGCAGCAUAUCCUCAGGACUGCAGAAAAUGGUGAUAGAUAAUGAAUUUAGUGGUUUAUUAGAUUGUACAAGGUUACCCUCUCCUACCCCAGAAAACAAGGACUUAUUUUUUGUCACAAGGUCCUCUGCAGUGCAGCCAUCCCCUGCUCGCAGCUCAAGCUAUUCCGAAGCCAAUGAAGCAGAGCAACAAAUGCCAAAUGGUAAUAAAAGUGUAUCAAUGGUCGAUUUGCAAGAGAACCGCAGUUUGGACAGUACAACAAGUGCUCCCAAUACAGGUGAUUCCCUAAAUGAUAGUCAAGGAUCCAGUGGGCAGUUACAGACAAUGUGGGCUCCAAGACCCUCUCAAAAUGCAGUAUCAAGUGGGGCUGGGAAUGUAGGACGAAAGCCUGGACAAACAGCAAGCACCCCUAAUGCAGAUGGCACACCAGGAAGACCACAACUUCUGGCACCAUUAUCUUUCCAAAACCCAGUGUACCAGAUGGCAGCAGGUAUUCUAGUUUCACCACGUGGAGUGGCAGACUCAGGAUCAGAAUGUCUCAGCUCUAUUAGCUCCCACAGCAAUAAUGAAGAACUGGCGGCCAACAAAUCCACUUUUCUUAGCCAUACGAGCACAGAAGACUUUACCAGGCGUUCUGGAGAAUUCACAAGAAGACAGCUCUCCUUAACAGAGAAAGUUCCUCAGAGUGUAGUACCACGUCAGAACAGUGCAGGCCCACAACGCCGAAUUGACCAACCUCCACCAGCAGCUAGGGGUAGGACACCACCAGCCUUAUUAUUCAACACCCCUCAGUAUCCAAGGCCUUCCAGUGGAGGUAUUACACCAUCCUCAUCAGAAUGGCCAAGCACUGGCACAAAGCUGCGACAGCAAUCAUCUUCUUCUAAAGGGGAUAGUCCUGAAAUGAAGCAACGCACAAUACAAAAACAGGCCCCCUCACCUGCGAAUGCCUUGUCCUCAGUGGACCGCACUGCAGCAUGGCUGAUGAAUAUGAACAUGCAAUUCAUAGAUGAUGAAACAGUGGACCCAGGCUCUAAGCGCAGGGAUGAUGUCAGACCUAAAGAGGAACUUAGCCAGAUAGAGAAGUAUCAGCAGGAGAUUGCUAUACUUCAGGAUAAACUGAGGGCAUCCAAUCGGAAGCUGGAAGAAUAUGAGGUACAUUUAAAGAACCAAGAGGAACAUGCACAAAAGAUGAUGCUGGAAUACCAAGCCAGGCUGGAGGAGGGUGAGGAACGACUUCGCAGACAACAAGACGACAAGGAGGUGCAGAUGAAAGGCAUUAUCAGCAGAUUAAUGGCUGUUGAAGAUGAGCUGAAGAAAGAUCAUGCAGAGAUGCAGGCAGCAGUAGACUCUAAGCAGAAGAUCAUUGAGGCACAGGAGAAACGCAUUGUCUCACUGGAUGCAGCUAAUGCCCGAUUGAUGAGUGCCCUGUCACAGUUGAAGGAGCGAUACAGCAUGCAAAGCCGCAAUGGCAUCUCCCCGACCAAUCCCACUAAACUACAAAUCACUGAAAACGGGGAAUUCAGAAACAGCAGCAAUUGCUAGUUUGAUGAUCCAUAUCUGCAAAUGCCAUUAGUGUAUAUCAUGUGUGCUUACAACACAAGGUGUGUUAAAGCAUAGGCAACAGCUAGAGUAACAGAGAAACUUGUGUCCAAAUAUCUUUUGAUUAAGUUUGUUUGUUUAUAAGAAGUUCCUUUACAUGGCCACUUGGACAAAAAAGCAUGUUAAUCAGAAAAAAGUAGUAAACCUUGGAAAGUUUCAGACAAAUAUGUUGCACUGGAGUACCUCUAAUGUUUAAGAUAUGGGGUGCCGAAUGUCAACUUAAAGCGUGCAGUCAGAUUUUGAUGAUGAAAUUACCAUGAACAUAAAGCAGUGCUGAGAAAUUUUGUUUUCCACCAAUGCAGAUUCUGUUCGAUUACUCCUGGGCCUCUCCGUUUUUAGUGCUCAAUUAUAAUAUUCUCAAUCUCAAGUGGAUCCACUGAACAGUUUAUCUGGGGAUAUUUGGCUAUUGCUUUAUCUCCACCAUAAUUGGGUAUACAGACCUAAAUGAUACACCAGUUUUAUAGAAGCAAUAGUACUUUGUCCCCUCGUUAUGUAUCACUUAACUUACUGAUACUUAGUGUUUUCCAAUUUUGAACUCCCAUGUGCGAGCUUUGUAGCUCUGUCUAUUUUGCACUUUUACCAUGCACAUGAAGUUUUUUUGGGGAAUACGAUUUUCUUAUUUUUUUGAAGCCUUUUAUAAGAAAAUGCUACUUCUUACAGCUCAUGGAAACAUGCGGAUUCAUGUGCACUUAUCUGGAUUAUACUACUCAGCAUAUUCAACCAGGUAAAGACAUCCUCUAACUUACAGAAGAAUGCUUUGAAGGCGCUGGGAGGUGCUGCAUAGAAGUUAUGUACUGAGAAAGCCUGACUACAACAUGAUUCUUUGACUGAAUAAUCAGCUCCUGAAUCAAAGUGAUAUAUGAAAGAAGCAGAAAGUAGGCUUGUACUCACUAAGUAUGUGAAUCACUGCUUUGGAUGCAUCUGAUAUUUAUUUAAUCUUCCCAGUUAUCUUCAGACAACUUGUUAAGUUGGUUUAAUUUUCAUUUAUGCACCAUUUGCUUUUAAAAAUUCCUUUUACUAUAAAAGGCUUUUCUGUACAAAUUGAUGGUGUUGGUGUAUCUUCCAUAUUCUGCUGCUCCCAGAGAAACAGAUGGACACUGCUGUUUCAAAAAAAAUUCUGAUUUUAAAACUAAAUCUUUAAAAUGAUACGGUAAGAUUAGUUCUAUUAAAAUUUAUACCUGUGUGUGUUUUGAGGGUAUUUAAAAACCCAAGAGAAAGAUUAACUCUUCCUGAAAAUUUUUACUUUUAACUGUGUCAGUCAAUUUUUGCAUCAGUACUGUGUUAAAAUCCUAUGUAUCUGACAAACUGUAUAUAGUUAACAUCUGUUUCUGGUACUGCUUGUCUCAAAGUCGCGGCAGAGUGACUGCAUCUUUAACUGCUGUUUAUGUCGUUAAAAAUAUGUCUAAAAUGCCAGUGGUGGCAAAAUAAAACCACUUUAUAUAGGCAAACAAAAUCACUGUGUGAUUGCAAUCUGUGGUUCUGUAGUUCAAGACCAUUUGUUAUACUUAUUGACUUUUCAGAUUUGCAGCAUCUUAAGUUGCGUUUGUAUUUAGCUACACUGACAUAUGACAAGUAUCAUGACUGCACCAGUGAUUUGGUAUAAUAAGCCCACUAGCCAGUUCUUGGUGGUUUCAUAGAGAAAAAAAAAGGAGAAUGAUUGUGUACUGAUUUAGGCACUACCAUGGAAUGCAAGAAGACAAAAGGGGAAAACAACAUAGCAAUGUCCUGAAAUUCUCCCCACUAGCUAAAAUAAGAUGUGCUAUGCAUCCUAUAACCAACAUAAAACAGGAAUUCAUUGUCAAAAGAGAUUUGAAACAAGAAGUCAUCUUUUUAAAAUGCACUGCUGAACCAGAACAUUCUUAACUAUACCCAUGUAGUAAUUAAACAAUGUCAGCCUUUCUUAGGAUUUUUAAAAAAUUAUUUUGUAUGUUUGUAGUUAAAAGGUUUUAUAAUUUUCAGUUUUUAAAUGCAUGUAAAAUAAUAAGUAAAAUACCAUGUUUGUAAUUUGAAUUAAAGUGCACAUUGUUAAUUUUAUUUAUUUUAUAAACUGUGAAGGCCCUUAAAACAGUAAAUGUGUAAAAACCAUAGGUAUCAUUUUUCUGGGUUUCAACUCCUGUACAGUAAACAGAGCCACAGACCUUGAGGUAAUGCUCUCCAAACUUCCCAAUGUAAAUCACAUUUUAAUGCCUUAGAUAUCCUGUGACUACAGAGUGAAAAUUGAUGGCGGCAGGGCGAAAGAUCUGGGAGAGUUAGAGAUAAUUCAGCAUGUGGGAGAGUGGGGAGGAGAAUUGUUGAGUGGGAGGGGGGGUAAUACUUGAUUGGGGUGGGAGAGUUAGGGAUUUAAAACUGCAAACUGACCAAAAAGCAAAGACUAAAAACCUUGUAGCAGCAAUCAGGCCUCAAAACAGAUACACCCACCAACAAAAAAAUUAAAUGAACAUUUAAAAAGUAGUCUUACCACAGUGUAUGCUAGAGGCGCCGCUGCCGCUGCAGAGAUAGUGACCCCCAAAAUCUUGUCCUGUGUCACUAGAGUCUAAGAGUCUCUGCCUGAAGGAGGUCAAAGUGUCUUCACAGUCACCAAUUUCCUUAACACAGUCGUUGACACUAUUUCUUUGCUGUAUGUUAGCAAUAACAUUGGGUAGCUGACACUGGUCUUAGAAGAGAGUCCUAGGGAUGUAUUACCACUUGCAAGGAUCCAGGUAUGAACCAUCAUCUGCUGGGAUCUCUCCACAUAAACAAAAUGUUAGAAAAUCAUAUGUAAACCUUGUAAUUUUCAAUUCGAUUGAAAUGAACCAUACUUUAAUAUUAAAAGACCAAUUAUCCUUACCAAAAAAAAAACAACUUGCUCCAUCUUUAACAUUGUAACUUCAUGCUUAGUACUUGGUAAAACCAAAAAUACUUCAAGGGCAGAUUUUUCACUGAAAAUAAAAUGGACGUAUUUAGAAGAUUCUGUCAGUGUUUGAACAAACUGCGGUAGGAGCUUAAACAGCACUACAUUCCAAGGUGCCAAAGGUCUGAAGGUCUGCAGCAUUUUUCUUCAGAUAGAAGCUUUCCUAAAAAAGGUGACUCUGUUCAGUCUCCUCAGACAUAGCAUUAUGCCAAAGAUUUUGCAUCUUUUGGCAUCUUAGGAUACUGCAGGUUUGUUAUUUCCAUGGGCAGUUCUUAGACUAAAAUUCAGAAUUAUUCCCAGGCCAUGAAAAAAUCCACGGGCGUCUACAAUUAAUUGGAUUUAUAUGCUGUGCUGUUGGCUUUGUCUAUAAAUGUUAGCAUGAGAAAAGAUAAAAGAACAGUUUAGUUCAAAAAGUUGUUUCAGAGAUAGUAGGACCUGCAGAUGCUGGAGACCGAAACGUCAGCCUUCCUGCUCCUCUGAUGCUGCUUGGCCUGCUGUGUUCAUCCAGCUCUACACCUUGUUAUCUCUAGUUCAAAAAGUGAUUGUUUUGUUUUGGAAUUUCCAGCUUUUAAAUGCUAUGUUGAAAGCAAUACCUAUCACUCCUUUUCUACAACUGAAUUUAAAAAUGCAUACUAUCACAGAAUUUGACGUACAUGUCCCAUACUUUAAUUUGCUGCAUAUCAAUCACAGUUUAAAAUAGUUCUAAUUAUUUUGUCCUUAAACGCAGAAUUAAGGGACAUACCUCCAUUAACUGGUGUUUACUGAUACUUGUCCUUGGAAAGCUGUUGUACGUUUUAUAUCCUUACACUUUUGUAAGUAUGUUUAAAGUAUUUGCUGGACUCACUUCAGCUUACUUAACCUGUAAUAAUGUACAAAGAAGUUGGUUGUGUUAAAUAUGUGGCUGUGCAAUUUAUGUACAUUUGCAACUAGACUUAUUAAAGUUUUAUUUAGCUAUUUUAA